AUGGAUCGUGUUGAAUUUUCAGCCAUGAAGGUUGGAAAUACCAUCGUUUUUCUAUGUGCAGUAAUGGUUACAACCAUGAUGAAGAUCACCAUGGGAAAGGGGAUCUAUGGAGCUCUUUUCAUCUUUGGAGAUUCGAUACUGGACGUCGGAACUAAUAAUCACUUCAACGAUAGCACUGCAAGGGCUGAUCACCAAUACUAUGGCGUCGAUUACCCUGAUUCUGUAGCAACAGGAAGGUUUAGUAAUGGCUACAACAGUGCCGACUUACUUGCUCGGUAUAUAGCUGACUAUACUUAUAGUCCGCCACCUUUUCUCUCACUCGUUGAUCGUUCGGGCGCCACUUUCCUGCAAGAAAUACUCGAAGGCGCAAACUUUGCUUCUGCAGGAUCUGGCAUUUUAAUCGACACCGGGCAUGAAAAAUACGGACGGGUUGUGUCUCUAGGGGAGCAAAUCCAACAAUUUUCGACCAUUCGUGGGAAUAUCUCGGAAAGUUUAGGGAAGUCGGCCGCUAAUAUCUUCCUAGCGAUGUCUACUUACAUCAUCAGUGUCGGCAGCAAUGACUUCUUCGAGCACCAACAUGCUCUUUCUCUAAAUCAAACCGAACCCGAGCAACUCAUUGCCAAUCUCACAGCCACCUAUUCCAUCCAUUUACAGAGCUUGUAUGAUCUUGGAGCUAGAAAAUUUGCAUUGAUAGGCAUUCCGCCCCUUGGUUGUUGUCCGAUAGAACGCUUCAUCAAUCUAACGUUAUUGCAAGGUGAUGGUGGUUGUGUGAUGGCCAUGAAUGAUCUUGCACAAGCUUUCCACGCAUCAACUGAGUCCCUCUUGCAAAAUUUCAGCUCAACAAACCAAGGAGUCGUUUACUCACUCGGGAACACCUAUAACACCAUCUUGAAUUUCAUCGACAAUCCUCGUGCUAAUGGGUUCCGAGUAGUAGAAACAGCUUGUUGCGGAAAUGGGACGUUUAACGCGGAAAAGAAGUGCGAACGAGGAUCAAAGCUUUGCGUAAAUCGUGACGAGUACUUGUUCUGGGAUGAGUUUCACCCAACUCAGGCUGCUUCCCGACAGGCAGCUCUUACGCUGGCUUACGCUGAAGGACCGGAGUUUGUGACGCCGAUGAAUUUCAGCAGUUUGGCCAACGUUUUCACUUACCCGUUGAAAAAAGUUGUGAUGCCAUCUGAAAACCUCCUAUCCUCCUUCAGGCGUCAAAAGAACAAAUACCUAAAACUAAAGGAGAAGUACAAGAAGAUGAAGAAUCUUCAACGUAAAAGCAAUGGUCUUGUCGCUGAAGAGCGUGACUGGGCUGAUUCUUCUGAUGAAUCAUUCUCGGACGAAGAAGAUACGGCUUAUCUUUGUCUCAUAGCCAAGGAUGUUAAAGAUGAACCAUCUGAGACAUCAUCCUCCAGUGAUCCCUCGCCAUCAACUUCUACUUAG